AUGAGAUCCAGAUCUCCAUCAAAGUCUCCGAAGAUGAGAGCAAAGUCGCUAAUGAUGAGAGCCAAGUCUCCAAAGAGGAGAGCAAAGCCUCAGAGGAAGAAAUCGGGCUUCACAGUGUCCAACCUGAAACUGAAGGCUGUUCCCGCUUCCACAGAGCCCCACGGCAUGUCCCUGGCAGCCUUGAAGAAGGCUGGACGAUACGAUGUUGCGAGGUACAACGCAAGGGUCCUCCUCACCAUCAGAUGCCUAGUGGCCAAAAAAGCUUUGGUUCAGAACACGGGCACCUCAGGCUCCUUCAAGGUGAACAAAAAUACACCAAAGACGAGAGCAAAGAGAUACAAAUUUCGAAAGAGAUCCAGAUCUCCAAGCAGAUCCAAAUCUCCAAUGAUAUUCCAAUCACCAAAGAGGAGAGUCAAGACUCCAAAGAUGAGAGCAAAGUCUCCAAUGAGAUCAAGAUCUCCAAGGAGAUCCAAAUCUUCAAUGAUAUCCAAAUCUCCAAAGAGGAGAGUCAAGACUCUAAAGACGAGGGCAAUUUCUCCAAGGAGAUCCAAAUCUCCAAUAAGAUCCAAAUCUCCAAGGAGAUCCAAAUCUCCAAAGAGGAGAGUCAAGACUCCAAGGAUGAGAGCAAAGUCUCCAAGGAGAUCCAAAUCUCCAAUAAGAUCCAGAUCUCCAAAGAGGAGAGUCAAUACUCUAAAGACGAGAGCAAUGUCUCCAAGUAGAUCCAAAUCUCCAAUGAGAUCCAAAUCUCCAAAGAUGAUAGCAAAAUCUAGAUCCAAAUCUCCAAGCAGAUCCAAAUCAUCAGAGAGGAGAGUCAAGACUCCAAAGACUAGAGCAAGGUCUCCAAGGAGAUCCAAAUCUCCAAAGAUAAGAGCAAAGUCUCAAAAGAGAUCCAGCUCUCCAAUGAGAUCCAAAUCUCCAAGGAGAUCCAAAUCUCCAAUGAGAUCCAAUUCGCCAAAGAUAGGAGCCAAGUCUCAGAAGAUGAGAGCAAAGUCUCCAAAGAGAUUCACAUCUCUAAGGAGAUUCAGAUCUCCAAUGAGACACAAAUCUCCAAAGAGGAAAGUCAAGAUUCUGAAGACUAGAGCAAAGUCUCCAAAGAGAUCCAAAUCUCCAAGGAGAUCCAGGUCUCCAAGGAGAUCCAAAUCUCCAAAAAUGAGAGCAAAGUCUCCAAAGAGGAGAGUCAAGACUCUAAAGACUAGAGCAAGGUCUCCAAGGAGAUCCAUAUCUCGAAGGAGAUCCAAAUCUCCAAUGAGAUCCAAAUCGCCAAAGAUGAGAGCCAAGUCUCCAAAGAUGAGAGCAAAGCCUCCCAAAGAGAUCCAAAUCUCCAAUGAGAUCCAGGUCUCCAAUACGAUCCAGGUCUCCAAGGAGAUCAAAAUCUCCAAAGAUGAGAGCAAAUUCCCCAAAGAGAUCCAAAUCUCCAAGGAGAUCCAGCUCUCUAAUGAGGUUUAA